AUGAAAGGCAUGGUUCGGAUGACAAGAUACGGCUUUCUUCCUCAUUUGACCCUUAAUUCACGACCAUUUCCUCGCUACUACUCCUCCAUUGAUGCCCUCGUUAGCUCCGAAGCCAAUACUCGGUCGAUCGUCCUGUCCCCCUCUCAGCUGCUUCGGUAUAGUGUUACGGCCUCGAACUGUGUACAUCAUGAGAAUGACCCCGAUAAAAUGUUGCGCAGUCAGGCUUUGGGGCUGCUUGAUGCAGAAUGGAAGUUGGGCCCUCCUGCAGCAUUGUGGUUACCCCUCAAAGGUGUCCGUCCAGCAACCCUGAAACCCGGUGAAAUUUUGCUUGAUGCUGUCACUGAUUUACGGGCUUUAAAAUCUAUCAUUGAAAUGAUCGCUUUUAAUGAGGAUGGAGGUAUGCGACUACAAACGAAUGACUGCCUUGCUCUAGAGAAAGCGCUACGACGCUGUCAAUCUCACAACACAUAUUCAGAGAUUAUUGCUGUAUUGAGCGACACUAUUGCUAGGCUUGAACGGCUCAAACUGCCUAUUGAUCAUCAUCUCUUUGAGCUUGGUGUAUACUAUGCAGCGCUAGACUUGUCCAUUCCUGCCCUUCAACAGUUUCUCCGCUCCUGGGAAAGGCAGGCAGCUGAGCGAAUGACCUAUGGAGAUCAAAUUGUUCGAGCAUUGACAUCUGCUGUCAAUGCCAAAUUUUUUGAAAUCCCGAAUUACGACCCCUCUUCCUUGCUCGCUGAGAUCACAGGAGAAGGGGGUACAGCUUCGGAUAUGCUUAAUAUCUUGUCUCACUCGGUUCGCCCUGAUCAACACUCUUUUGCUGCACUUCUCCGCCUCCUGGCUAGAAUCGGCAGUGACGAGCCAUUAUAUAAAUUCUGGGGUGAAUUUUUGCAGACAUUCGAUAGCAAAGAUUCCGGAGUCUGUCGCUCUGCUUAUAGUGUGGUUUUGAUCCUGGUUCAAUCUGGGCGUUCGGAGACAGCCCUGGAUUUCCUGGACGACAUCUCCAAGCAGUGCAACGACAUGUUACCCCAUAUCGAAACAUCAUACAAUCUGCAGGCUCUGCUUAAGGACCCUAUUGUGGGGAGAUCACUGGCCAACUUGGUCAAUGAUGAAUGUUACAAAAGGCUGCUGGAAAUGGGCUUCAUCGACAUGGAGCAAAGAUUGGGCCUUAAAUGGCAAGAAACUCAAGGGCAACCAGACUGCAGUACGCAUUCUGGUGUAAGCCUGAAUUCUCUCUGGGCGAAUUUCACGGAUCAGCCACUAAUCAGCGUCGAGGGUGAUUGCGCCGGAUAUGACGAUAUCUCCCGACUUUAUCCAGAGCUACAAGCCCAUGGGAGUUCCAAAUCCCGUCAAGAGCUUGGUCAGGUUGUUGAUUUGCUAAAUGAUUACGACGGCGAUGUAUACAACGUGACUGCACAGCUUAGCCUAGAGCAAGGAGAAUCCUUCCAAUCCCAGUUCUCGUCCGUCGAAUUUCGGUGGUGCCCUCAACAGUCCCCAAUAGAGUUCUCAGACUCUCCCCCCACUUUGACAGACCAGUCCGAACGAUGGACCCCGGCUGCCCUCGGUUUGAUGCGGGCUCGUCCUUAUAUCAAUGGCGAGCCCCAAGAUGGAGCAAAUAGCUUGCAUUUGAUGCAAUUGGGAUACUUGGAAAUGCGACGUGGACCAAACAAGCCAUGGAAACCAUCCGGGUAUAUCGUGGCAUGGGAUCGUCAGUUCGGUGAAACGAUUGCUCUAUAUGUUGGGAAAUACUCGGCUGUCAUCGGCUAUGGUCCGACGUUGUCAACAGCUCCAUUUGGUGCUGUGAUCUAUAUCCGACCCCUCGACAAGGCUUAUGCAUUACCCUUGUCUCCUGAUCGACGGCAUCGGGAGUUCUCCGGUCGUUAUUAUUUGGACAUCGACCCAAGCCCCGAUUUGGGUCCGUGA